CGUUUGUGUCUGCACCUUACGCUCCUGAGCCAAACCAGGAAGUGAAAUUCUGCCGUCGUCUACAAGCUAGCUGUUAUUUUACGCGAUGAAAGCACGCAUAAAGAAAACUAUUUAACAUAUAUAGUUCUAAUUUAACAAUUAUCGACGUUAUUCAUAUGUCUACAUAUUUAUUUUUAAGAUAAACGUCACUGUACUUGGCCUCGGGGGCCGUAAAAUACUGCUAGCCAGCUUGUUGAUUAGCUAUCUGGAAGGAUUGUCAGUCGCUAAUACCAGUUAGUUUCCGUUAGCAGUUAGGUAGUGAUGGCUGUGGCACAAUUAAAAUGCUUUCUUGCCGGAGCUUCUUUUUUAUUGCUGCUGUCAGGCGGCGACGCAAGGAUACACAAGCUCACCCUGAAGAAUGAAACACGGUUUGCUGUGGACCUUAACAACUUUGGUUUCUACACCAACGGGACUUUAGACGUGAACUUGUCUGCUUUGUCGAUCAAAGAUGUUGUGAACUACACAACGUAUCCAGUUGGUUUUAGCUUGUCCAGGUCACGUGUUAAUGGUGUGUUGUCCUACACUGCGGAGGAGACCGACACGUGCCCACUCAUAAUGCAGAAGUCUAACAACAACGAACACGAUGAGCCUCUCAUUCUUUUUCUUAUUGAUGUCACUAACCUAAGUGUCAAUGUGAAGACGAGGGGCGUCCAAGACAAUAUCUUGAUUGCAAAUGUGAAGGAAGAUGCAAACAAAGUUCAGAGGAAAGCUAGAGACACCUCUGCUAAUAAUGAUGCGAAUAAGCACAACGGAGUUGAAAACAAAGCACUGGCUGUGGGACAGAAGACAGGAACUCAGACAGAAGUAAAGAACACCCAAGCUACUGAACCUAAGAAAGAGAAGGGAAAAGAAUAUCAUCUGGACGAGGAUACCAAGCUGACUUUAGCUCUGGGCAAAACAAACAGCUUCUACAACUUCAGUUUCCGAGUGGUUUUUGGCUUCAAGGCACAGGGUCUAUACAGUCUCAAGUUCCACUACUGUCAGAACAGGGUGCCUGGAUUUAAACUGCCUUACUCGUUCACGGCUGAAGUGACAGAGAAGAAUCCAGAAGGGUACCUGUCUGCAGCAGAAAUUCCAUUGUCUCGCCUUUACAUAUGCAUGGCAGGAGUCUUCUUCGCCGCUGCCAUGGUCUGGGUGUACACGCUCAUGAAGCACAGGCACAGUGUGUUCAAGAUCCACUGGCUGAUGACUGCACUGGCGUUCACCAAGUCUACAUCAUUAGUUUUCCACAGUAUCAACUAUCACUUUAUCAACACCAAGGGGCAUCCCAUUGAAGGCUUGGCCGUCAUGUAUUAUAUAACACACCUGCUUAAAGGAGCUCUGCUGUUCAUCACGUUGGCACUAAUCGGCACCGGCUGGGCGUUUGUCAAAUACAUUUUAUCAGACAAAGAGAAGAAGAUUUUCAUGAUAGUUAUUCCUCUGCAGGUCCUGGCUAAUGUUGCCUACAUCAUCAUCGAGUCUACAGAGGAAGGCUCCAGCGAGUACUAUCUGUGGAAGGAGAUCCUCUUUCUGGUCGACCUUAUCUGCUGCGGAGCCAUCCUGUUCCCUGUUGUCUGGUCAAUUCGUCACCUACAGGAGGCUUCUAGCACAGAUGGCAAAGCCGCCAUGAAUCUGGAGAAGCUCAAGCUCUUCCGACAUUAUUAUGUGAUGAUUGUGUGUUACAUCUACUUCACAAGGAUCAUAGCCAUUUUGCUGAAGAUCACCAUGCCUUUUCAGUGGCAGUGGUGCUAUGAGUUACUGGUAGAAGUGUCCACUUUGAUCUUUUUCGUGUUGACGGGUUACAAGUUCCAACCAGCAUCCAAUAACCCAUACCUCCAGCUCCCCCAGGAUGAAGAGGAUGUGGAGAUGGACGAAGUAGUGACAGAGUCCGGUGCACUGGAGGGUAUUUCCAAAGUCAAGAAGACUUCUAACGGACGCGAGCGCCAGAAAGAGCCCGCCUUGUAAGCAGAAAGCUGCUUGUUUGGGAGGGACCAACUAAAAGCCCCUCAGGCCACAUGGUGUUUGGGGUACAUAUGGACCAAGACUCCCCACUUCCACUGACAGUUCUCUGUUUGAAACUUUAGGUGGCUGCAAAGGUCAUGCCCACUGUCUGGCUAUGCAAAAAAAAAAAAAUGGUUACCAUAAUAAGACUUAACAUGAUGGACACGCUCCGAUUCUUUGGACACUCCACUCAGAAACGAGGUUUCUGUCACUAGUGGAGAUGCAGAAAAAGGAGCUCUGUUGGUGUUUAUCCUUUUUCCCUCAUUUUUUUUUUCUCCAAAGAUAAUUAUUUUAGCAACAGACUUGCUUUUGAGUGUGUUUACGUCAGCUAUUUAAAGUGGUACUUUUGUGUGAAUCUUGGCUAAUUUACGUGUGAUGUGAGAACACGAGUGAAUGUGAGAUAAAACUAAUUUGAACUCGACACGUUUUUUUUUUUUUUUUUUU